AUGUUGAUGUGCUUGGCAUAUGUUACCACUUUUAGACUAAUUCCUCCCCCAUUCCAUGAAGUCGAAAAAUCACCAGAAGCAGAAGAGGAGGGAUUUCCUAAGCUACUUUUUAUUCUGCCGGGACUAGCAUUGCUUAUUUCCAUGAUAGCUGUCAUAGUCUAUUUGUACAUACGUCGCAAAAGAGAGACUGGAAAAAAGAAAACAUCAAGAACAAAGCCAAGCACCUACAGAAGAAAAAGGACUGGUAAAAAAGAGAACAAAACUGUAUUUAAAGCUAUCAGCACCAUGAUUCAAUUGAAACCGAAGAAAAUGAAAUCAGCCGAUAUUGACUACAGACAUACAAAACAAGCUGCGUUAGUUAUGCAAGCUGACUACAAAGGAGAUGUUAAACAUGAACUAGAUGACGAACAAUCGCAAGCUAUAUCUCAUAUAACAUUCGACCCUGGUCAGAACUCUAUAGCAUACAUAGGAUCGCAAGUUGAACAGCUAGUAGGGGCUCAUGCUGCUGCCCACAACAUAAAUCAAAAUCUUACCACCACUGAAGCUCCAAAAUCUUCUGUGAAUGCCAAAUGCAAGCUCAGUUUGAGCCGGAGACUACACAGGCACCAAUGCCAGGACCACCAUGCUGCUGCGAUCAGGCUCAAGACACUCUCCAAUCCCCGAACCCCCACCACAGAUGUUUGGACGUUGAUGUUUGGUUUGGGUGGUAUGUUUGGCGGCUUUGGACAAAGUACAGCAAGGAUAAUCAACAAAGAGGAUAUAAAGGUCGUCUUCAAAGAUGUUGCUGGUUGUGAAGAGGCCAAGAUAGAAAUCAUGGAGUCUGUAAAUUUUCUUAAAAAUCCUCAGCAGUACAAAGACCUUGGCGCAAAAAUUCCCAAAGGUGCAAUAUUGACUGGUCCGCCUGGUAUAGGUAAGACUCUGCUUGCGAAAGCAACUGCCGGUGAAGCUACUGUGCCAUUCAUCACUGUGUCCGGCUCUGAGUUCCUUGAAAUGUUUGUUGGUGUUGGUCCAGCUCGAGUUCGUGAUAUGUUCGCAAUGGCAAGAAAAAACAGCCCAUGCAUCCUUUUUAUUGACGAAAUUGAUGCUGUUGGUCGUAAGAGGGGUGGCAAAGGUGGAAUGGGAGGGCAUUCUGAACAGGAAAACACGCUGAAUCAACUGUUUGUGGAAAUGGAUGGUUUUUCUACCGAAGAAUCGCCUGUGAUAGUGAUAGCCGCUACGAAUAGAGUAGAUAUCUUGGACCCCGCUCUCUUACGACCCGGACGUUUCGAUUUCGACAGGCAGAUUUACGUACCAGUUCCGGAUAUCAAGUGCCCAGCUGGCUGGAAACAAUAUGAAUCUUUGUGCUAUUAUGUUGAGCAAGAGAAGAUGGAUUAUCAAACGGCUGAGAGGAGAUGUAUUCAAAAGGGUGCAACUAUGUCUGGUGCUGAUAAUAUCAUGGAGUAUGAAGAAGUGAUGUACAUGACUCCACUCUUCUACUGGUCAUGGAUCGGAAUCACUCGUGAACACCACAAUAUGCCCAUUCAUUCCGCUCGAUACCUCCUCCAUAAACUAGCUGUUCAAGAGUGGUCCACCAACACAGAACGUUUGGUCACCCACGUUCAAAUGACUGCUCAUUACAACUCAAGGAAACCACCUCGACCAACCGUCUACUUCUAUCCAUGCAAUUGCGAUUACCAUUCGAUCUGUAAAAAAAAGUUCUAUAAGAAGUCCCAUGACUGA